UGCCCCAUGCAAAUCAGUGUACAGUGACUCACAGCGACAGGUGCGUCAGUCGGGCAGGUACCCGGAAGAAGAGAGAACAAAAAACAGGAGCUUGUUCGAGUUACAGAGUGUUAAACCUUACUGAGACAAAUUCUAGCCCAGCUAUAGCCAUGGACCAGAAGAGCCUACAGGAAGAGUUUAAGGAUCAGUUUACAGACGUGGUGUCCAGACUGCAGUCUAAACAGCUGUUCCAGUCUGACUGGGAUAUCGCCUCCUUCGCUGUCUUCUUCAUCUUCAUCGGCAUGGUUCUGCUGCUUGUUGUCCUGGUUCUGAUCCGAUGUUGUUGCUGUUGCUGCUGUGAUGAACAGCCGAGAAGACACAAAGUGGGUCAUGAAAACUUUGGAAUGGAGACCUGAAAAGAACUUGGAACAGGAUUGAAGAUUCCACAAUGACGACACUUAGAAAAUUGAUUAGUCCUUUUUUAUAAUACAUUUUAUUUGAUGCACUUUAAAAUUUGUACUUUUAAUCUGUGUGCCAAACCAAGAGUUGUAUAACUUGUUUUCAUUCUGGUUCCAUCUAUUUACUUUUGACUGUUGGAAAAUGUUGCACUCCCUGUGGUAGCCCAGUUUAGCUGCCGUCUAAUGGUGGAAGGUCAUAUGAAUCCGUUUGUUUACUUGUUCCCUGCACGGCUAGCGGUUGUUGCUAGGACGCCAGAAAGGAGAGCAAGGUGAAAACAACCAGAAGAUAAAAGGGCUUUCACUUACGGUUCAUGAAAAAGUAGGCACCAACUUUUGGGGCGGCAGUGUAGCCUAGUGGUUAGAGCAUUGGACUAGUAACCGAAAGGUUGCAAGUUCAAAUCCCCGAGCUGACAAGGUACAAAAUCUGUCGUUCUGCCCCUGAACAGGCAGUUAACCCACUGUUCCUAGGCCGUCAUUGAAAAUAAGAAUUUGUUCUUAACUGACUUGCCUAGUAAAAUAAAGGUUAAAUUAAAAAUUUGUGUAGUGGAAUCAACGCGAGUUCAAAGUUUUGUACUUCGUUUAACGUGUACUUUAAACUUAACUUCUUAAGUGUAUGUAAUGAGGAACGAUAGAUAAUGUAGUAGUAUUGAUUCAAUGACUUUAAUGUAGUUAAUUAUAUUAACAAUAUAAUUCAAUGUUGAAACAUGUACUUUUUCAAAUGAUUAAAUAAUAUUUUGUAUUGAA